UCCGUUUUGCUCACAAUAUGAUACAAAUUGGACGAUAGGGCUUCCUCGCCUUGCCUUGCCUGCUAAAAAAACAUCACUAUCACAAGCCGCUGAAUGGAGGGCGAAGCAAAGCUAAGCAUAUACAGAGCUGCAAGGAGCAUAAAGCGAAGACAAAAUUCACUGUACAAUGCGUUAAGAUCCAUAUAUGAGGACUCUGUUUUUGUUGGCGAAAUCCACCAGUUAUGGCCUCAACUUCCCCUUCUUGCCAACCUUCGUUGCGGUCUCUGGUACUCUCCCAAUUUCCACUCCACUUGCUACUUUAAAUCCACUGACGGUCACACCAAUAAUUGGUCCUUCAAUACGUCCCGCCUUAAUCUCCACGUAGCUCUUCUCGCUGGACAGAAGGAAGGGUGUAUGAUAGUUGAUUCCACAAGGAAAGGAAAGCGCUUUCCGGAUAGUAUGUCCAAAACGAUACCAAUUUGGACCUGUGUAUUGAAUCGUUCUGUUUAUAAUUAUCGUAACAGAAUGUGUAGUGAUGGUUUACUUUUGGAAGGGGAGUCAAAUGCUUCUGAGGCACAUAUGGAAAACACAAGGGAGGUUUUGGUUGGUUGGGAUUGUUCCUUGCAUCUUCCUCUCUGGGUCUCAGACACAGAAAAGGCAGCUAUAAAUGAUCGCUUAGAUGAAUGGGUGAAAGAGUUGGAUGCAAGUGGGGCUGAUAUCGCCUCUCUUGCAUCAUGCUUAAAGAAACCACUGCGGCCUCUAUGGAUAUCGCAAAAAUCUGUCAUUUGGUUAAAUGAAGUGCCUGACCAUGAUUCUUGGGACUUCACACCAAUCAUCCUUGUUUCUGCCUCUUCCCCGAGUGGAGUAAUUCAGCAAAGGUCUACCACAGAAUAUAGCUGGAAUUAUAUACCAGGAGCUGGAGAUGAUGAAGAAAGCUGGGCGAGGGGUUUAACACCUAAUCUUUUCUGGAGUCAUGUAUAUGAUCUUAUUAACUCAGGGCCAGAUGUCUGUAACCAGAAGGUAGCUGAUAUAGUUGAAAAAGAUAGAGUAUAUUGUGCUCAAAGGGGACAAAUUGCUCCCCAGGUCACUGUGAAGCACCCAAAGUUGUUGGGGAACUCAACUGAUUUUUCUGUUGUAAAUGAUUCUGUAUCUUCAAAUAUUUCAAACUGUAAAAUUGAUUUGAAGUCUUCAGAUGAAGGAUAUGUAGUAUGCUGGCUGGGGUCAACAAAUCUUGCUGUGGGAAAAUCACAAAAUGUUGCAAAGGUGUGUAAUGUUGAUUGCAUUGUAAAUUGUGAUCAAGAGUCUAUUGCUGUCUGCCUUCCUAAUGCUGAUGCAUAUAUGCAUCUUCCCGUGGUGAACUCAAAGUUAGACCGGUUUUCAUUAUUAAGGAAUCUUCCAUCUGUGGUUAACUUUGCAAGGUUAAAUAUUGGCAGAGGGAAGAGACUUCUAAUUUGCUGUCAUAGUGGAGAAGAUAUUAGUAUCUGCAUUUGUCUGGCAAUAUUUAUAUCAUUGUUCAAUGCAGAAGGAACGUUUGACAAUGGGAAAUCAUUCUCUGAGAUGCCCAUUACUAAGUUGGAGAUGCGGCGCCGACUUAUAUUUAUCUGUAAAUUUGCAACGAAUGCUCGGCCAUCCAGAGGAAAUCUGAAGCAAGUUUUUAGUUUCCUAAGUGGUGGAAGAGUAGAUUCAGUUUGAUGAUAAAUCUUGUCAUGCUUUGGCAUUUUGGCAAUGCAGAACUAGCAAAACCAUUUUCAAUACUUACAGGAGAAGCUUGCCUCCAAGAUAAGGGAAUGAGACCAUCUCCUGUAGAUGUUAUGCAUAUUUGCCCAGGUGGCUGCUCUUGAAAACAGGAUGAUUUUUUUUCUUUUGUAGGUGAAGGUAUAGCCUGACUUUAAGGCCUCUUUUUUCCUUUUGAGCUUGGCCCACCCGCUCAACCCAAAAAACUGUGGAAAGUAAAAGGAAACUCUAGCUAAGAUGGACAAUAUUGAUAUCCUUUUGUAGGUGAAAUUCUUUUUUUGCCCAUCAGUCUACUUACUGAUUUAUUUUGCUUUGAGCAAUAUUAUGUAUAGACACUUUUGAUAUACAAUUUGAAUAUAUAGAUAACAUGUCAUCAA